ACCUCCGAAUUCCUCCCUUCUCCAGAUGGGCAGCCAACUUGCUGGAACUCUGCCCUCCGGAAUAAAGGUGUCAGCACUGCAUAACUUGGUUUCUCAGGUUGGGUGCUAAGCAUGACCCCUCCCCUCCCGCCUAGUUCCGUAGCCAGCAGGCCAAAGUCACACUAGCUACUGUAGGAGAGGAAUCACUGUCACUCCUGCCCCAGCGGACCUGGGGCCACAGCCCACUGCCAGACGGCACUGCCAGCUCCUUGGAAACCCUACCAAAUGGUCAUCCUGCUUCCUCGCUCCUGGACAGCAGUAUACGCUUUGGAUUUACAGCUAAGGUCCUUGUGUGCUUUUCUGGGACUCUGACUUUGGCUCACCAUGGCCAAGAGGGUGCAAGCUCGCAGGCUGGACGGCAUUGACCACAACCCGUGGGUGGAGUUUGUCAAAAUGGCCAGUGAAUUCGAUGCUGUGAACUUGGGCCAAGGCUUCCCCGACUUCCCACCCCCAGACUUCGCUGUGGAAGCCUUUCAGCACGUCCUCAGCAGCGACUUCAUGCUGAACCAGUACACCAAGGCAUUUGGUUACCCACCCCUGACAAAGACGCUGGCAAGUUUCUUUGGGACGCUGCUGGGACAGGAGAUAGACCCGCUCAAGAACGUGCUGGUGACUGUGGGUGCCUAUGGGGCCCUGUUCACGGCCUUCCAGGCCCUGGUGGAAGAAGGAGACGAGGUCAUCAUCAUUGAGCCCUUUUUUGACUGUUACGAACCCAUGACAUUGAUGGCGGGGGGUCGUCCUGUGUUUGUGACCUUGAAGCCGGGUCCCACUCAGGACGGGGAGCUGGAUUCCAGUAGCAACUGGCAGCUGGACCCCACAGAUCUGGCCAGCAAGUUUACCUCGCGUACCAAAGCCCUAAUCCUCAACACCCCCAACAACCCUGUGGGAAAGGUGUUCUCCAAGGAGGAACUGGAGCUAGUGGCCAGCCUGUGCCGGCAGCAUGACGUGAUUUGCAUCACUGACGAGGUCUACCAGUGGCUGGUCUACGACGGGUACCAGCACGUCAGCAUCGCCAGUCUUCCUGGCAUGUGGGAACGCACCCUGACCAUCGGCAGCGCUGGCAAGACCUUUAGCGCCACUGGCUGGAAGGUGGGCUGGGUCCUGGGCCCCGAUAGCCUCAUGAAACACCUGCGCACGGUCCAUCAGAACUCUGUCUAUCACUGUCCCACGCAGGGUCAGGCGGCCGUCGCCCGGAGCUUCGAGCACGAGCAGCUUCACUUUGGCCAACCCGGCAGCUACUUUGUGCAGUUCCCACGGGCCAUGCAGCGCGCCCGGGACCGCAUGAUGCACAGCCUGCAGUCUGUGGGCCUGAAGCCUGUGGUGCCUCAGGGCAGCUACUUCUUCAUCGCAGACAUCUCGGACUUCAAGAGCAAGAUGCCCGACUUGCCCGGAGAGGUGGAUGAGCCCUACGACAGACGCUUCGUCAAGUGGCUGAUCAAAAACAAGGGCUUGGUGGCCAUUCCGGUCUCCACCUUCUACAGCGUGCCGCAUCGGAAGCUCUUUGACCACUACAUCCGCUUCUGCUUUGUGAAGGAUGUCCCCGGGGAGGAGCCCACCUUCUUGAUCUUGGUCGAUUCGGGAACAUUGCCACAGUGCCUGUAUUCCUGUCGUGGUGGUGACGUGGACCUGACCUGGGCCUCUCCCUGCUCCUCCCUGGGUCGGGUCACACAGUCCCGGGCGCCCUCUGUAUUUUCCCCAGUCUCGUCUGAGACUCAACGGUUAGAGUCCAACAGUGUGCUGGCCUUGAGUCCCAGCCCAGCCCCGGCCCCAGCCCAGCACCGGCCCCGGCCCUGCACCGGCCCAGCCCCGGCUCUGGCCCGAGCCCUGCACCGGCCCCAGCCCUGCACCGGCCCCGGCCUGGCCCCAGCCAAGGUUCUAGCAUCCCUCCCUUUCCUUAUUUAACCUUCACUUUGGGAAGCUGUCUUGAGGUUUGAGUCCCCAAGCCAGUACUUUUCACCCAUAAUAAAGUUUUAAGUUAUUUAGACCCUUA